AUGUCAACUCCCAACUUCGAAGAGGUCGCGAAGCAAUUCGUCGAGUUCUACUACAACCAGUUUGAUUCUGAUCGCAAGGGACUGACCAGCCUCUACCGCGAGCAGUCCAUGCUCACCUUUGAGAGCAGUUCCGUUCUGGGUGCCACCCCCAUCACCGAGAAGCUUUCCUCGUUGCCUUUCGAGAAGGUGAAGCACCAGGUUUCUACUCUUGACUCCCAGCCCACCGUUGAGGGCGGUAUCAUCAUUCUCAUUACCGGCCAACUUCUUGUGGAUGAGGAGCAGCGCCCCAUGAACUUUUCUCAGACCUUCCAGCUCAUGCGGGACCCUUCGGGCAACUACUUUGUCUUUAACGACAUCUUCAAGCUGGUGUUUGGCUAA